ACGACAAGCUUGUUGCACUUAGCAUCGUUGUCAUGCGCCUCGAUGAGUGGAUAGCUUGACCUCGAUUUAGCUUGUUAUGAUCAACACAAGCAGCCACACCCAGGUCCCACCUUCUUUCCGUGUGUCAACUCCAGUCACCGGUGCUUUUCUAUGCUCUCUGCUCAUAUAAACCUCACUUCUUAUCCGCUCUUCUCCUCUCCUCUUCUCUUCUCUAUCAUAAACAAUCAUUCUUAAACGUCAUUCUCAACUGCAAUUGCCGGUCCAAUUCUAUUCUUUUAGCAUUACACCAAGGAACAACUAUCUCAUUUGCACACCAUGGCUAGCAAAGUCAGAGUUCUCUUGAACCCCAAGUACAAACGUAACGGCACCAAGUCUUACGUCCAUCUGCUUCGCAAGUAUGGAUUCGAUACUACCCUUGAUGGCCCGUACUUUCACGCAACCCACAUCCAGCAGCAAGGAAAGUUCACCGCUGCCGGCCACGCACCCGUUGGUGGUCGUGCGCGCGUCCACCGAGCCUUGCAAAAGAAAGUAGAUGGCCAGACAGGUGAUGUUCCAGCCGAUGAUGUCCAGAAUGAUACUAUGUACCUGGCUGAAGUUGGCAUUGGUACUCCUGCUCAGACUUUGAAGCUGGACUUUGACUCUGGCUCUGCAGAUCUUUGGGUAUGGUCCACUGAAUUGCCAUCCAGCAUCCAAUCUUCUGGAUCAAACCAUACUAUCUUUGACCCAUCGAAGUCUAGCUCUUGGAAAGUCACCUCUGGACAGAUAUGGCAGAUCUCUUAUGGAGAUGGUUCCUCUGCUUCUGGUGAUGUUGGCACUGAUGUCCUCAAUCUUGGAGGCAUUGAAAUCAAGGACCAGGCUAUUGAGCUGGCCAAGGACCUUUCUGCUCAGUUCCAACAAUCAGAGGGGGAUGGUUUGCUUGGAUUAGCUUUCGGCACAAUCAACACGGUCAAGCCACAAGCUGUUCAGACUCCAAUGCAGGAAUUGAUCUCUCAAAACUUGAUCCCGUCGGAUGCACGGCUCUUCACUGCCCACCUGGGUGAAGCAGCCGUAAAGAGCGACAAUUCUUUCUACACGUUCGGAUACAUUGACCAGGAUACUGUGAAGGCUACCGGCAACCAGAUCGUGUACGCCAAAGUCGACAAUAGCCAGGGUUUCUGGACCUUUGACUCGGCUUCUGCCACCGUGAACGGCAAGACUAUCAGCCGCUCUGGCAACACUGCUAUUGCUGAUACAGGUACUACUUUGGCCCUUGUUGACGACGAGACCGUUAAGGCCAUCUACGAUGCCAUUCCAGGAUCCAAGUACGACAGCUCCCAACAGGGUUACACCUUCCCUAGCAACACCUCCCCCGACAAGCUUCCUACCGUCACUUUUGGGGUUGGCGAUACUCAGGUUGCUGUCCAUAAGUCAGCCCUCGCCUUUGCCGAUGCUGGUAAUGGAUACGUCUAUGGUGGUAUUCAGUCUCGUGGUUCCAACCCUUUCGAUAUCCUAGGCGACACCUGGUUGAAGGGAAUCUACGCGAUCUUCGACGUGGGCAACACUCGAUUCGGUGCUGUUGCCAGACCUGAUCCUGACGCUUCCUCUUCCUCUUGAAUGAUACCUACGACAAGUUAGUGACGAGUUGACGAUUGAUUUGAUUCCUUACUGAUUGGAGCAUACCCUUAAUGUUCCUGGAACGUCUAACACUGGCGGCGCCUCAACAUUAGGGUAACUCUAGUACUUUCAAAUUAUCAAUUUUCAGAUUAUUAAUAAUAUCAUUAUGAUGCCCCCAAC